AUGCCUAACAUUCAAUUGCCUGAGAGAAUUUUUGCUGCCGGCCAAGAGCCCGUCGGAGAGAGGGUGAAUUCUUACCAAAAAUCAAAAUCGGUACAGGCUAUUAUGAAUUCUCUCGACGAAGAUGAAGCAAAGAGGCUUCGUGAUUCCCAACUUGGACGGCUCCUAGAGACGAUGGAGAAGCCUUCAUUUUCCGGGAGCUUUGGCUAUUACAUGCUCGCUCGUCUCUUGCGUGUGAAGAAGAAGCAUGAAUUAUGGUUUCUGUUUGCUGGUCGGCCAGUGAGAUUUUCUCUCAGAGAGUUUGCUCUAGUUACAGGGCUCGAGUGUGGGAAAUUUGCUCAGACGAGGAAGCUUAAAAAUCUUGUGGCCCAGAAACCGUACUGGCCUGAGCUCUUUGGGUUGCUUAAGACAUGCACUGUUGAUUCCGUCAUCCACAUGUUACAGAAAAGAAAAAUUUCAGACAAAGAGAAGAGAUUCAAAUGCGCCUGCCUCGCUGUAACUGCCUCUGUUUUGGUUCCUACCUCGCAUGUUACCAAGAUUGUCCCCGAGCAUGUCGAGCUCAUAAGGGACAUUGAUUCAUUUCUUUCAUACCCUUGGGGUAGAGUUGGGUUUGAUUUGCUCGUAUCUAGCAUCAAAUCCAAAGAUGAAUUGGAACUCUCGCAGAAGACAAUCGCCGUAAAAGGAUUUUUUUAUGCCAUCCAGCUUGUAAUGAUGGCUGCAGUGCCGACGCUUACCGAGGUAGUUCAAGCUCCAUCCGGUGAGUCUGAUAGUGACUACGAAGAUGAAUGUGACACCGCCGCCGAUGUAUCCACCGGACAGGAGGCCAAUCUCGGCUGCGAUGCCGCGGAUCUGGCUGAAAGAGCCACAUCUUCCGGCGUUGUGAAAAUGAUGCUUAGUCCCAGCCAUGCACGAGAAAUCGAUGAGGAGGAGAAGGCAUUGGUUUAUUCCAUCAUCCCUACGGACGGUGUCUGUGCUAUCGAAGGGAUGGACUUACGUUGGGCUGACGAAGUUGGUGAUGAGUCCGUAGAUGUUAUGGUCAAGCUUAUCGGCGAAGGUUAUCGUUUUUCAGGUGAUAUGUUCACGGGUGGUCUUACAACUUCUGACUUGGUCCGUAUGCGAAGUGAUAAGGCUCUGAAAGAGAAAGAAGCUAAAGACAAGAAGAAAAAAGACAAAACCGGCGACACUUCAUCCUCAUUUGCUACGGUUGAUCAGGAGGGGAUCGCUGAACUGGUGCUUGAUAAAUUGAAGCCUGAGUUGCAGUCCUUCAGUAAUAGGUUACGGGAUCUUGAAGCAUCAAUCCUUCUGCAGGAUGGGAAGAUUGGACAAGCUAUUACAGACGCCUUCAAGUCAUUUCAUCACUCCAUUAUCCAAAGUAUAUCCGAAAACGUUAGACACGCAACUAUCUCGGCCGAACUUGGAGAUCCUCCUACACGAGAAAGCGUUCCUGAGUCUGAAAAUGAGCAUCAAGCACAUUCCAUCCAUUCUUCAGGCGGGAAGUCAGGUUUUGACAAUGUCGCCAAUCCGAAAACCUCUUUGAAUUGUGGCCAUCAUCCGCCGCCCAGUCCUCUUUUUCAACCUUCUGCAGUUGCGCCGACACAGAUGCAAAAGGCUCCCUCCCUUGCCAUGAGUAAUGAAGAUUUCAUUCGCAGUCUAACGCAAUCUAUAAAUGCCCAAGCCAAGGACCCUUCACCCUUUAGUUGUGUUUUCCCUGCCAGUAAUGUGUCACAAUCUCACCUGACUCCUCCGGGAGCAAACACCACAUCCCAAGACUUACCGACCCAGCUUGCUGAGAUGGAUUUACUGUUGUCCGUGUCACCAUCCUUUUCUCUCGGUUUAACGCAAGACGAGCAAUUAGUGGCCCAGAAGCCCGAUGUCGUCAAUGAAAAUGUCUCUGACAAAGAUGAAGUUCUACCACGCAAAAGCAAACGAGUCAAGACCUCAUCUGUUGUUUUCAAGGAUUAUCAAUGCGCUUUCAACCGUCCAGCAGCUGCUAAGUGUACUUUUAUAAUGCCAUGCGACCCCUAUGUCAAUUAUAGUGCUCGGUUUGUGGAUCUCAAAGCCAAGCUCACGCACGACAAACGUCCAAUGGAGAUUUACGAGGGUGCAUCUGUUAGUAUCGAAGAUGUUCUUGCUAUCGGCGACCGCAUUCGUGUGCUUGAUUCUAAGAUUGUGGACGCCUUAAUGUUCUACGUCCGUCACGUUUCCGGCCCUCAGAUGUAUCCGAUGAAUCACUCAAAGAUAGAGUUUUUUGAUACGCUCUUCCCAAGUCUUAUCAAAUCUCAAUAUGCUAAAUUUUCCAAGACCGCUGUCAAAGAUCGUUCGAAGUUUAAAAUCGACGGAUCGCUGCUAUCGUACUUCGAGUCAGACAACCCGCGGCGUCCUCUUCCGGAGGCAAUGUACUUCCCCUUCAACUUUGACCAAAGACAUUGGGUUGGUGUAUGUGUGAACAUUCCUAGGGCUGCUAUUGUUGUCCUCGAUUGCAACGUUGCUUUUCGUUCUGACACUGCCCUCAAGCGUGACUUCAACCCCAUCUGCAAUAUGUUUCCUUUCAUUGUCAGAGCCGCAAGCACGAAGGCUUUGCGUGACGAGAAACCAUUUUCCCUGGAGAGAGUUACGGGCAUUCCACAAAACGAGAUCAACUCAGAUUCAGCCGUCACCGCUGUUUUGCUUAUGCAGGCCCAUGCAAGUGCUGGAUUGGACGGAUGCCGAACCAUUACCCCUGAGUUGCUGACAUCGGAGGCCUACAAGUUAGCUGUUAUGUUUUACGAUGAGUUUGGGCCGAGUCCUUAG